AUUGUAAUCAGCCUCAUCGGAUGGGAUUGCCGUUUACAAAAAGGGCCAACCCUAGUGUCGGUCACGGUUAGUCUUUUCACGGAAUCCAUUCCACCGGGACGUUUGUGCGAUAAUUACUCUCUUGUUGUUGAAUAAGUGAUCGUGCGCUUAAUCGAUUAUCAAAAUGAAUAAGACCGAGUUAAGCAAGGAUCAAAUGAAAAUCCUGAAGGAAGCCUUUGAGGCCUUCGAUAUCGAGAAGAAGAACAGCAUAUCGGUGGAGGUGGUCGGCACCAUCCUGGAGCUGCUCGGCCACACGCUCACCGAGGAAGAGCUGACGGAGGUGAUGGAAGAGUACGAUGUGGACGAGUCGGGUCAAAUCGAGUUUGAUGAGUUUCUGGAACUGGCAUCAAACUUUGUGGAACCGGAAGAGGAUUACGAUGCGUUACGGGCCGAGCUUCGGGAAGUGUUUAUGAUGUACGACAAGAAUGGAACGGGCUUUAUACCGGUCGAUGUAUUCAAAAAGAUUCUGCAGGAGUUGGAUGGUGCUGUGCCGGAGAAUGAGUUGGAUGAUAUCAUCGAUGAAAUUGAUGCCGAUGGCUCGGGAACGGUUGACUUUGAGGAGUUUAUGGAGGUUAUGACGGGUGAAUAAAUUAAACACAAUGUCCAACGAAAAAAUACGUUCCCUUUAUUCUUAGCGGAUUAGAUUGAAUCGAACUGUACAGAAGGGAUGAUAAUCGAAUUUAUACUCACCUGACACAAAACACCCAAACACCACUACACUGAACCACUUCUGAAACGUGUUAUUCAUUUCUCUUAUCGCACUCACACUCAGGGAACUCUUAUCGGAAAGUUGUAUUUAUUUUUCCUUCAUGGAAAACGAUAAGAACACAAUGAAAAUAAAAAUAAAAGGAUUUAAUAAAAUUU